AUGAUUUCAACAACAGUUUACCAUUUUAAAUUAAUGAUCGGUCUUGUACUUUUAUGUGCAUUAAUUCGAAUAAGUGAUACUAGACCUACAUUUAUUGAUGAUGAACAAGGUCCAAAUCAAAUUGACGAUUCAUUCAUUAAUAAUUAUGCUGCUAUCAAUGAACGAUUACAUAAUGCAAUUCCGUUGGAAGAUUUUUAUAAUCUUAAAAAUCUAUUCGAUUAUGAUAAUGUUCAAUUGGCUAAACGUCUAAUUAUGUUACCUCGUGUUGGUCGUCGUUCAAUUCGAUCAUCAUAA